AUGGGAUACUGUGAUGUCAUAUUGUUUGGGUACUCUGCCAAUCUUCUCAGAAAGUCCUGCUACGUGAGCUACCAAUUAAAGMRAUCAGAUCGCAAAGAGCUGAUAGAACUUGGGAUCAGUUUAGUAGAAGAUGCAAGAAAUAUUGAAAAUGAAGGAAAUUCUUUCAAGGAAAUCAAGCAAAUUGUCACACCAUCAGGAUUAGAGAAUCUAUCUAAAACCUGGCAAAUGAAUCUUUUGGAAUUGUCCUUAAUGGUGAGGUAUUGGCUGAAGAAAUCAUCAGAAGAAAGUCCUGAUGGCAAAGAGUUAGAAAUUCUUGGGAACGGAGUUGAAGAGUACGCCAAAGAACUUCUAACCUAUUUACCGAGGAUCAAGAAUGAAAGCGGAUUCAUUUUUGCUUGUACUGAUCGAAUCACAUAUGCUGCAAUACGUUAUCAAUGCAAAAAGUUUCUUUCAGGCCCGACAACGCAGAAUUAUUUGAAGAAGUUAUGGACAAACGAUUACAAAAAUGAGAGUGAUACAUCAGCGAAAUGGAUCCUUGCUAAUCUGUUUGUUUUAUUUGAAGUUAUCUUUUUUCCAUUGAUAUUCGUGGUUUACGUAUAUGGCAUCAUUAAAGAUCUCACUGAAAAUCGUAGGAAAGAAGAUGGCAGUGAAGAUGCCAGUAAACAAGAUGAGAAUAAAGAUGCCAGUAAACAAGAUGAGAAUAAAGAUGCCAGUAAACAAGAUGAGAAUAAAGAUGCCAGUAAACAAGAUGAGAAUAAAGAUGCCAGUAAACAAGAUGAGAAUAAAGAUGCCAGUAAACAAGAUGAGAAUAAAGAUGCCAGUAAACAAGAUGAGAAUAAAGAUGCCAGUAAACAAGAUGAGAAUAAAGAUGCCAGUAAACAAGAUGAGAAUAAAGAUGCCAGUAAACAAGAUGAGAAUAAAGAUGCCAGUAAACAAGAUGAGAAUAAAGAUGCCAGUAAACAAGAUGAGAAUAAAGAUGCCAGUAAACAAGAUGAGAAUAAAGAUGCCAGUAAACAAGAUGAGAAUAAAGAUGCCAGUAAACAAGAUGAGAAUAAAGAUGCCAGUAAACAAGAUGAGAAUAAAGAUGCCAGUAAACAAGAUGAGAAUAAAGAUGCCAGUAAACAAGAUGAGAAUAAAGAUGCCAGUAAACAAGAUGAGAAUAAAGAUGCCAGUAAACAAGAUGAGAAUAAAGAUGCCAGUAAACAAGAUGAGAGUAAAGAUGCCAGUAAACAAGAUGAGAGUAAAGAUGCCAGUAAACAAGAUGAGAGUAAAGAUGCCAGUAAACAAGAUGAGAAUAAAGAUGGUGUCUUAGAGAGCUACUCAAAACRCUUYCACAUCCCRUAUUUCGUAUUUCUUCGAGACACCCUGAGCUAUGUAGCAUUACUUAUGCUUCAUAUUGCUGUGUGUGUACAGCCGUCUGGUCUACGAUUAAGUGUUCUGGAAUGGUUCAUCAUGGYGUUCUUUAUUGGAAGGUUUAUGCAAGAAGUUGAUCAGUCAACAUCAGAAAGAGAUGAAAUACACGAUUUAAAAACACGUUACUCAAAUGAUUUUUGGAACAAACUAGAUGUUGUUACGAUAAUCUGGUACAUCGUAACUUUUAUUUUCCGCAUGGUCACAUGGUCAUUGACGUCACAGCUCAUUGGGAAUGAGUGGCUCGUUGUUACUUCCUAUUUGUAUGGCAUUAACGCUGGUUUGCUAAGUUUGAGGGUCUUUGGACAGAUAAUGGAAGUGAAACAAGCAACUGGGACAAAGCAGAUUGCCUUAAUGCGCAUUAUCAAUGCCGUGUUUGUGAUCCUUGUGCAGAUGGUGGCCGCCAUUACAGGAUUUUCUUUGAUACUAACAAAAAUCUACGUCAGUGAGAUUUCAUACGUGGGGAAUAAAACAUCUCAUGGAGUCUGUUUAUCAUCUGAAGGACUUCUUUGUUGGUGGCACUUCUUCGAGUUCCUUGCAUGGUCUACCAUGGGUUCUAGCGAUCAAGAUUUGCUAACAUUGACAACUGGUGUGUCAAACUAUAUCAGYAAAACCAUUUACAUGUUGUUUCUUAUUGUUGCUGCUGUGAUGAUCAUGAACAUGUUGAUCGCCCUUUUAUCAAAUAUUUAUCAGUUGGUAGAGGAAAAUGCACGUGCAGAGUGGUGCUACAGAAAGGCGUGUCUUAUCAAGACWUAUUGUAAUUACCACACAGUACCAGUCCCCUUCAACAUCAUUACGCUCUUCAUCAAGCUGAUUUGUGUGAUUCUUUCAAAACUCGGCCGAAUCCAAGCAUGUUUUGGGAAGCCGUUUACGUUAUGGCAAGAAAUACGAAAAGCAAAACAGAAUGAAACAAAAAAUAAAUUGAUGAAAAUUGGCGAGCAGCUCAAUAAAGAGUAUCUGGCUGAGUUUGGUGAUUUCUUCCCCCAUCAAGAAUCGUUGGAAGAAAAGAUGCUAAAGAGAAAUCAACGGUUGCUGAGGCACAUUGUGAGAGAAGUUUAUUUAGAGGAAACUCAAUUAAGCAGAACAUCUAAUAAUUGGGUCGUUCUUGAUAAAGAACGACCUUUAACGGUGGAGAAUCAAAGAAUGUAUAUGCUCAAAAAAUGUUCUAAAGAUGAUCACAUCGGUGAAAACAAUGAAAAUUCUUGUAUUCAUUCUGUACGUCACAAUAAAAAAUUGUCGAAGGAGACUUCAGGAUUCGAGGUCCUUAUCGAAUCCGCUGGUAGUAAACGUUAUCUUGGAAUAGGACUAACCAGCGAGAACUAUGAAAAUACUUUUCCAGGGAAGAGCGACAACAGCGUUGGAUACAUCGUUGGAUAUGGAGAACAACCCGGUGUCUCACAUCUCAUCGAUGAAAUCGACCCUUUCCCGUACACUGGUGAUAUGAUAGGCUGCCGAGUAUUGUUUGACGAUGAAACGGACGAUGGGUAUUUAGUACAAUUAACCCGUAACAGACGACUGGUUGGAGAAGUUCGGGCAAAACCCUACAACCUCUUUCCUUUUGUGGCGAUAACUCAUCCAGACGUCAAAGUGCUAUUCAGGUUUGUAAAAGAUGAUCAGUCAACUUACAACGAAAAAGAUGAUUAUUCAAAUCAAAAAGAGAUCAAAGCUUUAAGUCAGGAAAUAGAAGAAAUGAAAAAAGUCUGUCAACAACUUCAGAGUCAAAACGAGGAAAUAAAGGAAAUAAAACAAAUGCUUCAGCACGUCUAUCGUAGUAUGCUGCCAUCUGAUAGAAAAGAGUGGGAGAUUUUUGUGUAGAUUUCUGGCUGUAAGUUUGUAUCAGAACGUAUCAACAAACAUUGCGCAAUCCUUCCUUCGCCUCGAAGAUAAAAUAAACAUUUACCAAAGACUCACAAGUUUAGCAAAUUAUCCAACCGAAACAACUUAACAGUAAGCUGCACUGAGGUGCAUGCCAAACAUGAACAGCACCGUUUAAAGCAUUGGUUUACCAAGCUAUAGUCUCAUACCAACGUCAGCCGAAACAAAAAAUCUACAAUUUGGAAUGGCUGAUCUGGAAUUCGGCAAGAUAUAAAACGCAAAAUUAGUCAUCUUUCAACAACCACAAAACUAUCCUACAAAACCACGUUAAGCAAACACGUAUGGGACUUGAAGAACAACAACAUCGAAUACCAGAUAAAAUGGCAAGCAUGCUAACUCAUACUAUGGAAGUCCAACAAGGUGCAGCCUGUGCCUUGCUUAAAAAACGUGCAAAUAAUUCUAAUGGAGAAGAAUCAAGUACUCCUUACCAAAAGAACUGAAUUAAUAUCAAAAUGCAGACACAAGAAUAAACAUUACAGUAGUGUGCACCACUUACCACUAUUUACUACAAAAUAGUGUUAGUUAAACAAUAGAAUUAGCAUCAUUUAGCAGUAUUUAGUGGUAUUUAUGUUGCACAGUUUUAGUGUUUGUACUAUAACCACGUAAUGCGUAAAAAUAAGUUAACUGCAAAGUACUUUUAACCACGUGUAUAUAUAACCACUUUUACUCCGACGAAGGUUAACGUCCGAAACGUCAGUAAGUUAUUUCACAACUUUUUUUACGGUGUUAAAUUUAUCUUUUUACA